AUGGCUCCCUCUGUCGUGACCAUCGACGCCUCGGACGUCGACAUGGCGAUCCCGUCGGCGCCAACCCCACAGAAGCGCACUCUUCUCCUCGCACCCCCCUCCAUCGCCACCGAAGAAUCCAACCUACACGCCCUCUUCACAACCUUCGACCGCACCACCACCGACCUCCAAAUGCUUGACCGUCUCUCUGCAGGCGUGGUCUCCCUACCCACCAACACAUACGACCUCGUCCUCCUUCUGACAGGCACAGACGGCUCCCGACGAACCGAGGCACUGCACCUGCUCAAUCGGGGCGUCUAUGCUGCCCUCGUCCCCGCCAUGAAGCCCGGUGCGAAGCUACAGACGCAGGAUAGCGGGUUCGGGCCGGCGGAGACAAUGGAGGCUGUUCUGGCGGGACUGGUGCAGACACCGUCUGGGUUUGAGAAGCCGAACCAUGACGCUUCGGCGGCUGUACCGCUGCGCUUUGGCGCGAAGAAAAAUAUCCCUAAGAAAACCACUCCUCCUGCCCCGCCAAUGAUGGGUAUCAAUGACCCUACAAAUAAUAAUGACCGCGACGACAACGAUAACGACGACGAGCUGAUUAAUGAGGAUGCCCUUCUGGACGAUGAAGACCUGUCACGACCCAUCAUGCCCCACUGCACAUGCGGCCUCGCAGACCGGCUGGAAGCAGAAGAUAAAGAGCGGCGCGAGAAAGCUGAUAAAGAUCUGAACGUGCUGAAGCUGCAGUCAGAUGAUCUGAACGAGCUCGAUUUCACAGUACAGGGCAAGACGGGCUCGUGCGGGAGCUGUGCUCUGGGUGAUGCGUUCCGCUGUGAUGGCUGUCCGUAUCUGGGUAUGCCAGCUUUUAAGCCGGGCCAGGAGGUGCAGAUUCUUAAUGAUGCACAGUUCUGA